UUUACUGUAGUUGAAGUUUUCAUUAUAUAGUGGAUUAUAAAUCAUGUCCAGUGGACAUUUGGUGGUUAAAUGGAGAAAUAUACAUGAAUCUCAAAACCAGAAUCAAUUCACAUGUUGAAGAGAAUACCCAAAGAAAUUGAAGAGACACACGAUGAAAAAAUUCAGAUGCACGAGGAUACUAUUGGGCAACUCGCUACGAAACUUUCUCAUUAUGUUGGCUCUGUGUCUGUCCGUGCUGAAUAUGAUGAACUGGAUAUAUUACAACUAUUCCGAGGCACUUGUUGAAACCUAUAACAAAUAUUCACCAUCGUCCUCUAUGGUUCAAAUUGCUCGUUCUCAGUUCACUCUGUCCACUUCAAAAGUUGUGGCGGCGAACAAGAAGAAAUCGCCUGUAGUAAACCAGAAGAUUAAAAGACGUUAUCCAAUUUUUGAUCCGAGUGCUAGCUAUGCGGAGAAUGGGGUGCAUAUGGAAGUUGGACCUCCACUUGACACUAAAGAUAUCAGGAAAAAGAAACUAAAUUUUGAUCCUAAAAAGUAUCCAUUAGAGAUAGAUCUUGUUCAACUGACAAAAAAUAUUUUUGAAGGGAAGAAAAUAAAAAACAAUCAAAUAAAUCCUCAUCCUUAUCAAUUUGUACAUGAGGCUGAAAAUGCUUGUCAAAUUGAAAAUUUACAUGUGGUUGUUCUUGUGAAAUCUAAAGCAAGUAAUUUUAAAAGUCGCGAAAUCAUCCGACAGACUUGGGGGAAUCAGUCCCUUUACAAUGGCGUGUCCGUAGUCUUUCUGCUUGGAAAAAUGAAAGAAUUUGAGAAUGAUAUUGCCCAUGAGGCUCAGAAAUACAAGGAUAUAGUACAAGAAAACUUUGUCGAUCAGUAUUCCAAUAAUACAUUGAAAACAAUCAUGGGUUACAAUUGGGUCGUCAGACAUUGUUCAAACGCAAACUUCAACCUUUUUGUAGAUGACGAUGUGUUUGUUGUGGUUAAAAACUUAGACAACUACCGUCAGACUAAAGAAAAAGAACCUCGACUUAUGGCAGGAAAAUUACUGCCACAUUCUACACCAUUCAGAGACAACGGUUCCAAGUGGUUUGUAUCUUGGGAAGACUAUCCGUUUGAUAAAUAUCCGCCAUAUUUAGCUGGUGGUGGUAUUCUAAUGUCUUGGGAUGUGACUAGAGCAUUUGCAGCCGCCUUUCCAUAUGUGAAAACAAUUUCAAUUGACGAUUCAUAUUUGGGAAUUAUAGCGAAAAAGCUCAACAUAUCUCCACGUAAUCACGGCGGAAUGGUUAUCAGGAACCCUGGCCGGGACACCAAGGCAGCCAUGUCUAUGAAUUUUGCAACAGUUGUAGCCUUUCAUCGCAUUCCUUCUCCAGAAUCCAUGAUGGCUACAUGGAAUCAAUAUAUAGCUAAAUAUCCCAUUCAUUCAAAGCCGAAGAGGUAACGGGAAGAAUGAGUUAGAUUAAUUUAUUGACGAUGAUUCCUUGUUGGUAUUGUUUAUGUAUCUCUCACAAUUCAUUCAGUCUUUCUGUGCGAAGAAAAAGAAUACCAUGAACAUGCAUCGAAAAUUUGAAUUUGUAUUUAUUCAAAAUAGUGGAUUUCGCCGUCAAUAUAGUAAUCCUUGUUCUCAUAACUUUCUGUUAAUGAAAGGGACUACACAUAGAUAUAAAUAUAUCUGUUCUAUAGGAGAAAUAAGAAUAUAGGUAGUAAUAAUUAUUCUGUGAUAUGCGUGUAUCUAUUGUGAAUUAUGUGAUAUGCGUGUAUAUAUUGUGGAUUAUGUGAUAUGCGUGUGUAUAUGCGUGUAUCUAUUGUGAGUUUUGUGUUCCUGACACUUCUGUUGGAUUCUGAUAAUUUUGCAUUACUAGCAUUUUUCAGAUUUUGUCAAUUGCUCAGUGUUAUAUCUCUUGAAUACUCGAUUUUGAAAACAAUAUAUGCUAGAACUCUUAGAUUUCCAAGUGCAUAAUGCUCUUACCACUGGUAAAUGGUUUUGUCCAUUGGUAGAUAAUUUAUUAUGUCCAGUUUUAAUUUAUCAGUAAUUUUUAAAUAUUGUUUGCUAUCACGUGAUUUUGUGUACUCAUAGUAUAAGGAUGUGGUAA